GAGGCCGCCUCCACCCGCGGGAUCCCAGCGACGCGUCCGACGCGUCUGCUCGCCAGGACUGCUGCGUCCUCCUGUCUGUCUGUUAGUCUGUCCGUGACGGGGGCGAGGUCCGGGCUGGAGCGAAGCGGUCCUCUUCCCUCCUUCCUUUCCUCCCUCCCUCCCUCCCAGGAGCCGCGGGGAAAGAGCCAGAGCGGAGAUCACGGUCGCGAACCCCAGUGGGGUGGGGCGUGCCCAAGGCCCCCGCCCCCCCCGGGGGUCUCCCAGCCGCAGCUCCGGAGCCGCGAUCCACACGCUCCUCCUCCUUUCCCUGGUAGAUCUGCGACCACUCAGGCCGGCCAGGAGAGGGGACAGGGGUGCGGGGAGCCCCGUCGGGAGGGGCGGACCCGAGUCACCCCGUAGCACGGGAUCUGGGACGCAGAGCUGGGCGCGCGCAGGGAGCAGCAGGCUGGGGCCAGGGCCUCCCGGGUGACAAGGCCCUGCGUGGUGGACAGAAGGAACGGGAGAGAAGCAAGGGAAAGGCUGGACCUAGAGGGGCAAGCGCCUUCCUCCUGCACCUGCACCGAGAGGACCGAGGAACUGAGAGCAGGUCCCCCACCUAGGACAGACACUGCCUUCCGCGCGCCCCUGGGUGCAACAGCUGCGCUCUGCGGGAAGGGGUCCUUGCGUCUGGAUGGCCACCCAUCCCCCUAACCCAGGCCUCUAGGCCUUGGAGAGGAGCCCGGCUGGAAAAGAGGCCACACUCCUCGCCCGCCCGCCCUGGAGAGAGAGGACAAACCUUCCCCGGUGCUCCCAGGCCCAGGAGGAGCUGGGCCAGCAACAGUGGGGACCUGGCCCCGCAGGCGACAGCGGCCAUGUCACGGCCAGGCCAAGGUGUGAUGGUGCCGGUGAACGGGCUGGGCUUCCCGCCGCAGAACGUGGCCCGGGUGGUGGUGUGGGAGUGGCUGAGCGAGCACAGCCGCUGGCGACCCUACACGGCCACCGUGUGCCACCACAUCGAGAACGUUCUUAAGGAGGAUGCGCGGGGCUCGGUGGUCCUGGGCCAGGUGGACGCCCAGCUGGUGCCCUACAUCAUUGACCUACAAUCCAUGCACCAGUUCCGGCAGGACACAGGCACCAUGCGGCCAGUGCGACGCAAUUUCUACGACCCGUCGUCGGCGCCGGGCAAGGGCAUCGUGUGGGAAUGGGAGAACGACGGCGGCGCGUGGACGGCCUACGACAUGGACAUCUGCAUCACCAUCCAGAACGCCUACGAGAAGCAGCACCCGUGGCUCGACCUCUCGUCGCUCGGCUUCUGCUACCUCAUCUACUUCAACAGCAUGUCCCAGAUGAACCGCCAGACGCGCCGCCGCCGCCGCCUGCGCCGCCGCCUGGACCUGGCCUACCCGCUCACGGUCGGCUCCAUUCCCAAGUCGCAGUCCUGGCCCGUGGGAGCCAGCUCGGGCCAGCCCUGCUCGUGUCAGCAGUGCCUGCUGGUCAACAGCACGCGUGCCGCCUCCAACGCCAUCCUGGCCUCGCAGCGCCGCAAAGCGCCCAUGGCGCCAGCCGCGCCCCCCGCGCCCCCGCCGCCCCCGCCGCUGCCGCCCCCCGGAGGGCCUCCGAACGCGCUCGCCGUGCGCCCUAGCGCCACCUUCGCCGGGGCCGCGCUCUGGGCUGCACCCGCCGCCGGACCCACGGAGCCCCCGCCGCCUUCGGGAGUUCCCCCGCGGAGCCCCAGCGCCCCCAACGGAGCGCCAACCCCGGGCCAGAACAACCUCAGCCGGCCCGGACCCCAGAGAGCCACCAGCGUCAGCGCACGCGCUUCGAUCCCGCCCGGGGUUCCAGCGCUCCCUGUGAAGAACUUGAAUGGCACUGGCCCUGUCCACCCAGCACUGGCAGGGAUGACCGGGAUCCUGUUAUGUGCAGCCGGGCUGCCGGUAUGCCUGACACGAGCCCCCAAACCCAUCCUGCACCCGCCACCUGUAAACAAGAGCGACGUGAAGCCCGUACCCGGAGUGCCCGGCGUGUGCCGCAAGACCAAGAAAAAACACCUCAAGAAAAGUAAGAAUCCGGAGGAUGUGGUUAGGAGGUACAUGCAGAAGGUGAAAAACCCACCUGAUGAGGACUGUACCAUCUGCAUGGAGCGGCUGGUCACAGCGUCUGGCUAUGAGGGCGUGCUCCGGAACAAGAGCGUGAGGCCCGAGCUUGUGGGCCGCCUGGGCCGCUGCGGCCAUAUGUACCACCUGCUCUGCCUGGUAGCCAUGUACUCCAAUGGCAACAAGGUGGGCCACCAGGAUGGUAGCCUGCAGUGCCCCACAUGCAAAGCCAUCUACGGGGAGAAGACUGGGACGCAGCCACCAGGGAAGAUGGAGUUUCAUGUCAUCCCGCACUCGCUGCCUGGCUUUGCAGACACCCAGACCAUCCGCAUUGUCUAUGAUAUCCCCACGGGAAUUCAGGGCCCUGAACAUCCCAACCCAGGCAAGAAGUUCACCGCCAGAGGCUUCCCUCGCCACUGCUACCUACCCAACAAUGAGAAGGGCCGGAAGGUGCUGCGGUUGCUCAUCACGGCUUGGGAGCGCAGACUCAUCUUCACCAUCGGAACAUCCAGUACCACGGGCGAGUCCGACACGGUGGUGUGGAAUGAGAUCCACCACAAGACGGAGUUUGGCUCCAACCUCACCGGCCAUGGCUACCCUGAUGCCAGCUACCUAGACAACGUGCUAGCUGAGCUCACCGCCCAGGGUGUAUCUGAGGCCUGAGUCGCCUGCCUUCCCUCUUGCUUUGCCCCUAGCCCGGCACAUGCUUCCCUCCACUGGGCGGGAGGAGCCGGAAGUGCUGAGAGGAUCUGGAGGGUGGCUGUGAGGGGUGAUGCCAGGCCAUCAGGCCAGCUGGCUUCAACCUGUGGCUUCCGGCAAGGGCAGCAGUGAUAGGCAAGGGCCGCCUCCCUAUGGAAAAGGUGGGAGUUUUGCCCCUCACACCACACACACACAUGUGUCCUGUUGCACGCACGCACUCACGCACGUACACCCACGUGCCUCUGACUUCUCCCAACUUGGGGGGGAAGAGAGACAGAAAGGCCCUCAUGCCACAUCGUGUGGAUUCUACCUGUGUCUCCAUUACAUCCGUAUAGGCUCGUUCCCUUCCCAGGACUUGGGUCAGGCACGGGAGAGUGGGGAGUCUGUAAGGCUUCUAGGGGCCAGUAUGCCCCUGAGCCACGCCCCUUAACCCAUGUCAGCGCCCCCACCUGCCCCUGAGCACUGCAAAGCCAAUGGGGUAGAAAUCCCAGGUUACUGAGUAGCUUUUCGCAGGCCACGGGGGACGAGGCUACCUUAUCCUGUGCUUUGUGUCUGUUUAUCUUGCUGGCGCCCUGUCUUCUUCCUCCUGUGCCCAUCUCUAGACCUCUGUCUACCCCAAGCAAAGGCGUCGUUCUCGCCUCUGAGUUGGCUUCUCCCCCGCCCCCCCAAACCGCUCCGGACAUUGAGACCCAAAAGCCAUAGCUUCUGGCUUUAGGAGCGAGGGGAGGCCUUGUUCAGGCUCCACGCGUUGAAAAAAACAAAAACAAAAACGGGAGGGCAGCAGGCAAGGCGUUAACUUCAUUAACUUCUCCCUGCUUGGAAGUGGGCAGUGGGCGGCUGAUGUGUCCGGCCAACCAGAGGCCUGUUGCCCAGGCAACUCACCAGCUCCGCCUCUGAGGAUUGGCUGUUGUGAUGGAAGUUAGCCAAGCUUUAAAGGGACGCCAGCGAUUGCUCUUUUGGAAGAAAAAAAAAUUCUACCAGUCCCACUGUGGGUGGAGAAAUAAAUGGUCUUUCUCCUU